GACGCCAGUGCCGCGCCAACCGUCACCGACGCACUACGUGUCGUCCGUUACAAGUUUUACGUGAAAACUUAUCGAGUGUUUUUUUAAUAUCGAAAAACAAAUCGAGUUGCAUUAUAAUCGAAACGAAGUGCUGUGAAACAAGUGUGGAGUCGGAUUCGAGUUAAUGCUUCAAUUAGUUUAGGUAAAAGUGAGUGUGGACGUUUCAAUCAGAAGUAGAUUAGGCUGUACGUACUGCUAGCUGUUUGUGAGCUUGAGGCGUUACGGAUGUUGAAGCUGGUAUCCCCCGAGGUCCGAAUGGCGCUGCCGCUGCCCCGCGCGCCGGACCCUGUGCUGGCCGCCUACUGGGCUGAAUACGAGGACCUUUGCCGGCUCAGCCAACAACUUACGGACGAUGAUGACAAUCUCUAUGAAGAAGGCGAGCUCGAAACAGAAUGGCUGCAAGCCGCCGGCCUCGGUUCCCUGGCCGCGCCGUUUCAGGCCGGCCUCGAGGUCACCGAGGCCCAGCUGGGUGAGGCCGUGAGGCCGCUGCCCAGAGAACAAGCUGCUGCGGUUAGGAGACGAGUCCGAAGGCUAAACAGGACCGUGCGGCGGCGGCGCGCGGCCUCGAGGGCCAGGAAACCUGACAUUAGGGACGUUUUCAGGGAUUUGGAGAACUCGAGCGGCAGCGAGCCGAGGUCUCGAAGUGCGACACCCGACUCUUUGGACUCCUUGCCCAGUGGGGGCUCCGGCAGCCCCCCAGUAGAAUGGGCAGACCACACACCUCCAGAUUUUGUCGACAGUUUCCCUCCGACCGGCGCCCACUCUCCCCUCGCUCGUACACCGUCCGCACCAGCGGCGCCGAGACGGGCGCGUCUCUCUCCACCUGCCUUGGAGCCUCCGCUACCCAUGCACGAGCUGUUCAAGCCGAAUGAUCUACAUUGGGCUGAUAUAGCUACGAAUACUGAGGGCAUUGAACUUCUAGGCUACCAAAGAUACGGGACUGUCCAGGGUCCAAGAAUAGGCAAGGAGCGAAUCAACGGAUCGAUACUGAAGGACAACGACCCUUUCGUCAAGCACACUGUCGUGUCGCGGGCAAAAAGCGCGGCGUCCGUGCAACAACCACUCAGCUUCGAACACAAGUUUAACCUGGACCGGCAGAUGAUGGACCAUGAGGAGGAAUGGCCUGAAGACGGUAGCGUUGUGGACGUAGAAAGCAUCGGCGAGCCUCAGCUGAAGCGUCUGCCGCAACUCCUGCUUCUGGAGCUGACUGCACUCUUCGACAAAUACUCGCUGCCCUUCCAGAAGAGGAAAUCGCCUAAGAAGAAGAGGAAAGAAGAGGGCUCAGUAUUCGGAGUCUCCCUCGAAACUUUACUCCGCAAAGACAUGCUUCUAUGGGAGGAAACCUGGAGUUCUGUACCCGGAGUCCUGCGGGCGUUGGCCGGCACGCUGGCCCAGCGCGCCACGGACGAGGGGCUGCUGCGGGUCGCUGGGAAUAAGCACAAGAUCGAAGCGCUCUGUCAACUGAUAGAGCGUUCCUGGUACACGGAAAACCGCGGCGCAGUAGAAGCAGCUUUAGCCGGGGCAAGCAGCCACGACCUGGCAGCAGUCUUCAAGCGGCUGCUGCGGGCGUUGCCGCAGCCUCCGCUCACGCAAGAGCUGAUGAGACUCUUCUACCACACGUAUGCCCUAACGGGCCCGACGCAAGGCCGCGCCCUCAACCUGCUGGUGCUGCUGCUGCCGCCCGAGCCGCGCGCCACGCUGCGCUGCAUCCUCUCGCUCGCGCAAGACAUCGUGGCGCACGCGCACACCAACAAGAUGAGCGCGCACAACGUCGCCAUGAUCAUUGCGCCGGCGCUGUUCCCGCCCAGCCUCCUGAUAAAGCAGUCGGACAGCCUGGAGACGCAGCUAGCCACGGCGGCGAACAGCUGCCACGUGACGGAAGCCCUCAUGCGCUGGUGCGAGCAACUCUGGCUCAUCCCCGCUUCCAUCCUGGCGGCUUCUCAGCGAAAACCUUCGCCGCACCGUAGAAACCAUAUGUGACUCUAUCCUUUAAGGAUUAAGGUGCUAAAUCGUUUGCGGUAGUGAUGUCACAAAUAUGCACUUUAGUAAUCAUAGUUUCGACUAUGCUGGAAAACUAGAGGUGCUAAUUCGAUUGCGUAAGAUGUCAAAAUGGCGCGCGAAAACAAGAUGGCGGGUCAAAUUUGACGCUGUGCGUCAAAAAUACCGUGCAUGUUUGUUUUGUAAGUUUGCAUGCUUUUUAAAGUAUUUUGGACAAGAUUAUAAAUAACGCUUGGUUAUAUUUGAAGUGUUAAGCGUGAAAUAUGUUUGGUUUUUUACUCCACUAUUUCUAUAAGUUUUUAAUUUUGACAUACAAAACGCAAUAAAUUAAGUAGGGGUCAUUCGCACUUGUCAUUGAUUGCAUAUUGAACAAUUUUAUUAUAAUGAGUGAUAUGAUAUUUAAUGUUAACGCUUAUAUACUCCGUGUUAAUAAUGUUAACGCAUUUAGUGUGGUAUAUAAUUGUGAAUGGGAUGCCAAAUAUUCAUCUUGUUUUAGUGAAAUAACCAGUUUUAGUUAAUGCUAAAAUCAUCAUCUUAUAAAAAAAAGUUCGCAUUAAUAUAUAUCAUAUAUCAUGGUUAGUUUUUAAAUUGUUUACCACGUGAGUGGACGUGAAACCAAGAAAAAAAAAUAUGAAAGUUUUUUUUAUUAGGUACAGUAGGGCUUCGCUAAUCCGGACGGACAAAAAAAACGGCUGUUGACGAUAUUUUUAUUACUACACCUUAUAAAACUAAGUCCCCCGGCGCGUCUGUCUGUGUGUAUGUAUUUUCGCGAUAAACUCAAAAACUACUGAACGGAUUUUCAUGCGGUUUUCACCUAUCGAUAGAGUGAUGCUUGAGGAAGGUGUGUGUGGUUGUAGGUUAAGUGUAUAAUUUGUUAACCCCUCGCAAAGCCGGGGCGGGUUACUAGUAAAAAAAACUGUUCUGCUUCACGUUUUCGCACUUCAUUUCGAAGACAAUCUUAAUCAUGGAAUAAAUGUCAAAAUAUCGUAGCUAUCAAAGUCGUUUCACUUAGCGAGAUACCGUCCGGAUUACAGCGAUCAUUGGAUUAUCCGGAUUAGCGAUGCUCUACUGUAUUACAAAUGUUCUUGGAUAUGUAUAAAGUGUGUGGUGCCAUUUUUCGGCUCGUAUCGAAUUCCUAGUUACCGUUUUGGAUAAUUGAAAUUUACUAUUGGUUCUAUCACCGCGGUGCCUUGUAUUAAGUUUCCUUAGUGAUAGUGAGAAUACAGAAUACAUAAGUGACGCACUUAAUUCAACCGAUUUUUAUUUUUUUCCAAUUUUUUUUUCGCCAGAUUUCGGUAUUGAUGGAUAGAGAUAUAGUUCCCUAUUCUGUACAAUAUUAGCGUAAUUUUACCGUAUGGCUUAAGAAACUUCCUCUGUUAGAAAAACGUAUAGUAUUAUCGUAAUUCAACCGUCUAACGGAAAGUUACAUAAAUUUUUUCGGGACGAGUUUACAUAUCAUAUUUAUUCCGUCCAAAAUGAGCACCUCAAGUCAGCCAAAUUUUAUACAAAUGCAAAGGAAAAAAAACGCGCAUUUAAAAUUUACGUGCAGCUAACCAACUAACCUUACCUAUUUUUAUUUUGUUAAUAGGAAUAUAUUUUGAGGUCUAUGCUUCUACGCGCUUUUUUGAGCUUCUUCCUGGCUGUAUCUUAGUUUAACGUUAAUAAUCCCAUAUUUAUUACUUGCUUUUCAGUACACUAUUUAUAAAUUAAAUAGAUAAUUAUGUAACCAUAAAAUAAAAGCCAGGAUUUGAACCAGCGACCUCCGUAUUGAAAAGUCGGACGUCAUAGUCAUAUCCACUCGGCCACUACCGCUUCGUCGGUCCAUCAUAUUUUUUUUUAAGGUUUGUGUUAAAUACGUCACUCGUGUAUAACUACUAUUAUGAUAUUUAUGAUAAUACCUAUUAUUAAGUUGUAAAUACUAUGAUAGUUAUUGUAAAAUAUAUUACCAAUACUUUGACUAGGCAAGCAAAGACUGACUUGGUGUAUUAUUAUUAAGAUAAUGUGUAUUGAUAUUAAGUUGUAUUUACUUCCAUUAUUAAAUAAAAUGCAUAUUAUUUACAAAA